AUGCAGAAAACUUGUGCGAAGAAGACACACACGACUGAAAACAUUGGCACUUCCCGCGAUCAUGGCAGUCUGAAAGAUUUCAAAACAAAGAUAGACUACCAAGAACAUCAGCUGAAAAUAGCAAAAGAACAGGGUGAUAGAGGGGAAGAAGGAAGAGUAUAUGGCAAUCUUGGCAUCACCUUUCUCUUGCUGGAAGAUUAUAUAACAGCCAAAGACUACCUAGAAUGUCAGCUUAAAAUUUUCAAGGAACUGGGUGACAGGUUAAGAGAAGGAAGAGCGUACGGAAAUCUUGGCAACGCCCAUUACUCUCUGGGUGAUUUCGAAACCGCCAGAGACUACUAUCAGCGUCGGUUGGAAAUUGCGAAAGAAUUGGGUGACAGAUCAGGACAAGUAGAGUUAUAUAGCAAUCUUGGAAACACCCAUCGAAGUCUGGGAGAUUUUAAAACAGCCAAAGACUGCUAUGAACACGAACUCAAAACUGCUGAAGAAUUUGGUGACAGGUUAGGAGAGGCAAGAGCGCAAAGAAAUCUUGGCAACGCCCAUUACAGUCUGGGAAAUGUUGAAACAGCCAUAGAAUGCCAUCAACGUCACUUGAAAAUUGCUAAAGAACUUUGUGACAGAUUGGGAGAAGGAAAUGCGUAUAGCAGUCUUGGAAUAGCCUAUCAAAGUCUGGGAGAUUUUAAAAAAGCCAAGGACUACCAUGAACGUCACCUGAAAAUUGCCAUAAAACUAGGUGAAAGAUUGGAAGAAGGAAGAGCGUAUGGUAAUCUUGGGAACGCCCAUUACAUUAUGGGAGAUUUCAAAACCGCAAGAGACUACUAUGAACGAAGCCUGAAAAUUACAAAAGAAUUGGGUGACAGAUCCGGAGAGGGAAUAGCAUAUGGCAAUCUUGGAAACGUCCUUGACCGUCUGGGAGAUUUUAAAACAGCCAUAGACUACCACCAGCGUUCUCUGGAAAUUGUGAACGAAUUGGAUGAUAGAUUAGAAGGAGGUGUGUAUGGAAAUCUUGGCAACGCCUACGAAGGUCUGGGAGAUUUUAAAGCAGCCAUGAACUACUAUGAACGUGACCUCAAAAUUGCCAAAGAAAGGAGUGACAGAUCGGGGGAAGGAAGAGCGUAUGGUAAUCUUGGGAACGCCCAUCACCGUAUGGGAGAUUUCAAAACCGCAAGAGACUACCAUGAACGUCAUUUGAAAAUUGCACAAGAAUCGGGUGACAGAUUGUCAGAAGGAAAUGCAUAUGGUAAUCUUGGUAACGCCCACCACAGUCUGGGAGAUUUUAAAACAGCCAUAGACUUUCAUCAACGUGACCUGGAAAUUGCCAAAGAAUUGAGUUGCAGGUCGCAAGAAGGAAGGGCGUAUAGCAAUCUUGGCAACACCCAUCAUAGUAUGGGAGAUUUCAAAACCGCAAGAGAUUACUAUGAACGUCACCUGAAAAUUGCAAAAGAAUCGGGUGACAGAUCCGUAGAAGGAAUAGCGUAUGGAAACCUUGGCAGAGCCCAUCACAGUCUAGGAGAUUUUCAUACAGCCAUAGACUACCAUGAACGUCACCUGAAAAGUGCGAAAGAACUGGGUGACAGAUCUGGAGAAGGAAAUGCAAAUGGCAAUCUUGGUGCAGCCUAUGACAACCUCGGAGAUUUCAAAACUGCCAAGGUAUAUUAUGAACGUUGCCUGAAAAUUGCUAAGGAACUGGGUAAUAGAUCCGGAGAAGAAAAAGCAUAUUGCCAUCUUGGCAACACCCAUCACAAUCUGGGAGAACUCAAAAGUGCUUUUGACUGCUAUGAGCGUGGUUUGAAAAUCGCGGAAGAACUGGGUGACAGAUCGGACGUUGGAAAAGCGUACAGCAAUCUUGGCAACACCCAUUACAGUCUCGGAGAUUUUAAAACCGCCAUAGAAUACCAUCAACGCCAUUUGAAAAUUGCGAAAGAACUGGGUGACAGAUCAGGAGAAGGAAUUGCAAAUGGAUAUAUUGGCAACGCCUAUCAAUUUCUGGGAGAUUUUAAAUCUGCUAAGGACUACCAUGAACGUCACCUGAAAAUCGCGAAAGAACUGGGUGACACCUUGAGCGAGGGAACAGCUUGUGCGAAUCUUGGUAAAUCUUUUAAAUUUCUGGGACAGGUUACAGCGGCCAUAAAAUAUUACCAACAAGCUAUUACUUUGUUUAAUAAUAUUAGAGAUCGUCUUCAAUUGAAAGACGAGUUGAAAAUAAGCUUGCGUGAUCGAUUCAAGAUAGUAUACGCAGGCCUUUGGCGUUUGAUGUUGACAGAGGGCAACGUUACAGAAGCUUUGUUUUCCGUCGAGCAAGGACGGGCACAAGGUUUAAAAGAUCUUAUGGAACUAAGUUAUGCCUUUCAAAGCCGUGAUGCGUAUGGUGGUUCUGGUACAGGAGUCAAAACAGUCAAUGAACUGCUUGGUUACCUUCCUCCAAACACAAUUUUUGUGGCUUUUGAAGAAAACGAAUUAAUCUUCUGGGUUUGCCAGAGUGGAAAGAAAUUUGAAUUACGAAAGAAACAAAUCCAUUCUGAGGAUGACGUUGAAACUUUCUUGGGGGUUCUCGUACAGGUUGCGCAGCAGGAAAUUGGAACAAGGGAUCUUGUGAAGUGUGAAGAUCGUUCACUUCAAUUAGCGGAUAACCUUGUACUUAAAAGGUCACCCCAGGAUGGCAAACAAACGAAAUGCUUGCACCUACAAAAAAGUACCUUAAGCACAUUGUAUGACACAAUCAUUGAGCCUAUUGAAGAUCUUCUUUUGGGCACUGAACUCAUGUUUGUCCCUGAAGGACCACUUUGCUUGGCUCCUUUUGCUGCAUUUAAGGGCCCGAAUUCCAAGUACCUUUGCGAGUCUUUCAGAAUUCGGGUGGCUCCAUCCCUCACCAGCUUGAAAAUGAUUGCGGAUUGUCCAGUAGAUUACCAUCACAAGUCAGGUGCACUUCUAGUGGGCGAUCCUUUGACAGAGCGUCCACCGCUACCAUCUGCCAGAAAGGAAGUAGAAAUGAUUGGCAGAAUGCUUGGCAGCACACCUCUAAUUGGAACACAGGCCACAAAGGAUGAGGUUUUAGCACGACUCGAUUCUAUUGCCUUGGUGCAUAUCGCUGCACAUGGCAAUAUGGAAACGGGAGAGAUUGCCCUAGCGUCAACAGAAGGCGUGAAAGAGAACAUUUUGACGAUGAGAGAUGUAAUGGGUGUUCAGAUGCGAGCAAGACUAGUUGUACUCAGUUGCUGUCACAGUGCUCGUGGGGAGAUCAAAGCCGAGGGUGUGGUCGGUAUAGCAAGAGCAUUUUUGGGUGCUGGUGCUCGUUCUGUUCUGGUGUCGUUGUGGGCGAUUGACGAUGAAGCCACUUUAGAAUUCAUGAAAAAUUUCUAUCAGCAUCUUGUGAAAGGGAUAAGUGCUAGUGAAUCCUUGAAUCAAACAAUGAACUGUAUGAGAGAAUCUGAAGAGUUUAAUGCAGUCAAGUAUUGGGCACCGUUCGUGCUUAUUGGUGAUGACGUCACAUUGGAAUUUGCUGGGAACGAAUAG